CAGUUAAUUGCGUCUGAAACUGCGUUGUGAAGGGUGUGGUUCGAGCUUUUGAAGGCCUACAUCAAACACAAUGGCUCUUUCAAAAAUCCCCGAAGAAGAUUUCCUGACAUGCAUCAUUUGUGAGGAAAGGUAUGAAGAACCUAAAAUACUUCUUUGCGUCCACAGUUUCUGUAAGAGGUGCCUUGAGGGGCACGUGAAGGUCAAACUCGACCGUAACCGCCGUUUCCCAUGCCCCAUCUGUAGGAGGCAAUGCGAGCUCCCAGAAAAGGGGAAGGAAGAUUUGGACAAAAGCCGUCUUCUUGAUAACCUCGCUGAGGUAGUGACCAAGACGCAGGACAAAUGCGAGACAUGCGCCCUUAAAGAGCCCCCAGUAGAUGCAGGUGCCACAAAAAGAUGUUUGAAGUGUGAUGACAACAUGUGUGACGUCUGCAGUGCAGAACACCGACGUCACGGUGCAAGUCGUGACCACCAGCUAAUCCCAUUGAAAGAACUCAAUGAUGAGGCAUACGCCAGUGAAUUUCGCUCUCGCCAACAAAUUCUGUGUAACCAUGACAACAAGACCCCGGCAGAAGUAUUCUGUUGUGCCUGCGAAAAGUUCAUAUGUGGAACAUGUGUUUCUCUUAAACACAAAGAUCACGAUUGCGAGUACAUACCAUCAGCUGCUAAAGGUGGAAGAGAUCGCUUGGUCAACGAACAAAAAGAGAUUGAAAGGAAAGAGACAAAAGUAGCAAGUCUUCUUUCAGACGUGAAGGAACGCAAGGAAGAUUUUCAUUGUCAGAGCGAGAAACUCGGGAAAGCGAUUGAAAAACGUGAGGUAGAGCUCAUUAAGUUGGUUCAAGUACAUGCAGACCGCAUGCGGAAAGAAGUUAACGAAGCCACCAGUCAGAUGAAAGAAGUUCUGGACCCCUUGGAAAAGGAACUAGAACUGAUCCAGGGAUAUUUUGUGGGCUUUAAGGAAUUUACCAACGCCUUGAUUAUUCACGGUUCCGACCCAGAAGUCUUGCAUACCAUGGCCAACUGCCUGAGGCGCGGCAAGGAAUUAACAGAGAUGAAGUUACCGAUCAUUCCAAACACCAAGAAGCUAACCCUAGAUGCCAAGCAUGUCAACAAUAUGUCAACUGUCCUUCGUGAGUGUAUGGGUGAAGUGCGAUAUGCCAGGGAUAAGGAACUAUUGUUGUCAUUCUGCGUAGACCUAACUAAUGAUCCUCCGGAAACACUAUCGCAUGUAGCUGUAGAUGCUGAAGGACGCGUAUACGUUGGUGUGUGGUCUGAAAAGGAUACAAUGAGGAACAAGAUCAUUGUAUACGAUGUUGGCAGUCGUUUGAUGGCGACAAUAACAAACCCGAUGUUGAAGAAAGACUUUUUCGCAGGCAUUGCAUUGGAUCAAGAUGGAAACGUUGUCACGCGGUCGGAGUCUGAUAACUUGGUGAUGAUCUAUAGUAGGGAAGGCAAACUGCUAUUUGGGUUCCACAGCCCACAGCCGCUUGCAGUGUCAGUGAACAGUAAGGGUCAGUACGUCAUUGCUGGAAAGGAAGCGAUACACAUCCACGACAAGGAUGGGCAGGUCGCUCACAGUUUACCUGAUCCACUGCAAGGUGAUAUUAUAAAAUAUGUCGCAGUCAGCGUUACCGGUGAUAUCCUUGUGUCACAUCCCGGAGCUGACAAAGUACUCGCCUACAACCCCGUAUCCGGUGUGCUGAAGUUCACGUACGGAGCCAAAGGCCGUGGUGAUGGUCAGGUGAACGAACCAAGGGGAAUGUGCUGCUUGGCAAACGGUGAUAUCAUAUUAGCCGAUUUCAGAAACGAUCGCCUCCAUCUACUGUCUCCAGAUGGUGUGUUUAAGAAGUUUCUUCUUACCAAAGAAGACGGGUUGAAGUUCCCACAGGAUGUUGCCCUCACCCCCGAUGGAAAGGUUGUCGUUGUCGAGACUGGAGGGGCUGUAAAGUGCUUUGCCCUCCUAGAUUAAGUGAUGACAAUUUAGGGCACAAUAUGUGAAAAGUAAACAUUAUGCUACAGAUUGAGAAAUAUGCAAAAAGACCGACACAAAAAUAUAGCGAAUUUUUAAAAGAAAUAUUUGAAGAUGUUAAAUUGAUGCGAAGUUCAAUUAUUAUUAUUAUUAUUUAUUUUAUUUUAUUAUUUUUUUUUUUUUGCGAUUUAAUUUGUUAUGAGAACGUGGUUAGUAUAUUAACUGUAGCGCUUAAAGUUGUUCUCUUGUAAGUCGAAACUCUAAGUGGUGUAUAUAGUCACUAUUUUUUAAAAAAUCUAUCACAAGUGAUUAAAAUCACUUGUGAUAGAUUUGCAAUUGUAAAAUAAUUUUUUAAAAACUGUAAGUGGUGUAUAUAGUCUUAUAGUAUUUUUUUA